AUGGCACUGCCUCCUAGCAAACGGAGCCGGGAAGACUCCCACAACAACGUCCUCAGGAGGGUCUCUGUCGAGGGGAAUAUAGCUGCUGGAAAAUCAACGUUGGUUCAGAUACUGGGAGAAGUGAGCCAGGACUGGGAUGUGGUGCUCGAGCCCAUCGCUCGUUGGUGCAGCGUUGCACAAACUGACAAAGAGGAAUCCGAGGAGCUGACAACGUCUCAGAAGAGCGGAGGCAACCUCCUGCAGAUGAUGUACGACAAGCCAGAACGCUGGUCCUACACCUUCCAGAACUAUGCCUGCCUGAGCAGGGCCCGCUCCCAGCUCAGGUGUGUCAGUGACAAGCUGCAGGACUCGGCUCACCCCGUUCAGUUCUUCGAGCGAUCUCUCUACAGUGACAGGUACGUCUUUGCAACUAACCUGUAUGAAUCCCACUGCAUCAACGAGACGGAGUGGAUCAUUUACCAGGACUGGCACGGCUGGAUACACAACCGGUCUGGAAACCGGAUCAAACUCGAUGGCAUCAUCUACCUUCGAGCGACGCCAGAGGUCUGCAUGAAGAGGCUCAAUGUGAGGGGACGGCAGGAGGAGCAGACAAUUCCCAUGGAGUAUCUGGAGAAGCUUCACACCAAGCAUGAGGACUGGCUGCAGCACCGGACGAUGCACUUGCAUUUUGAUUAUCUGAAUGAAAUUCCGGUUUUGACGUUGGAUGCCAAUGAGGAUUUCAAGCAGAAUGAAGCCAUCUGUCAAAAGAUGAUUGAGAAGAUCAAGGACUUUCUACACUUGUUGUAA